AUGAUUCCUCUCGCCAGACAGUCUGUAUUGUGGGCUGCUCGCUCGCAGAUUUCCCCUGCCACAGCCCUCAGACAGCCCGCUUCGUCGGCGCUUGCUCGGCUCCUCUCGACUCUCGCGGUUCUAGAGCAGCGCGACGGUAAGCUACAGAACUCUUCCUUCUCCGCAAUCGCAGCUGCACAGAAACUCGGUGGCCCCGUGACGGCCUUUGUGGCUGGCUCUGGUGUGAAGAGUAGCUCUGCAGCCGAGGCUGCUAAGAUUAAGGGUCUCGAGAAGGUCGUUGCCGUGGAGAAUGACGCCUACGAGAAGGGUCUUCCCGAGAACUAUGCCCCUCUCCUCGUCGAGAACAUCAAGAAGGGCGAUUACACCCACAUCGUCGGUGGCCACUCUGCGUUCGGCAAGAGCCUCCUGCCCCGUGUGGCCGCUCUCUUGGACGUUCAGCAGAUCUCCGACAUUACCGGAAUUGAAAGCGAAGACACCUUUGUCCGUCCCAUCUACGCUGGUAACGCCAUUUUGACUGUUCAGUCAACCGACAACAUCAAGGUUAUCACAGUCCGCGGUACAGCAUUCCAGGACGUCGAGACCGAGGGCGGUUCCGCCGCCAUUGAAGACGGCGUUGACUCUAACGUCCCCGCCACGACUGAGUGGGUGUCCGAGGAGCUGGCCAAGUCCGAGCGUCCCGACCUGGCCACCGCAACCCGUGUUGUGUCGGGUGGCCGUGGCCUGAAGUCCAAGGAGGAGUUCGACCGCAUCAUGCUCCCGCUAGCUGACUCGCUUGGUGCUGCUAUUGGUGCUUCUCGUGCUGCCGUUGACAGUGGCUUUGCCGAUAACAGUUUGCAGGUCGGCCAGACUGGUAAGAACGUUGCACCUCAGCUUUAUUUGUGUGCUGGCAUCUCCGGUGCUAUUCAGCACUUGGCUGGUAUGAAGGAUAGCAAGGUUAUUGCUGCUAUCAACAAGGAUGCCGAGGCUCCUAUCUUCCAGGUUGCGGAUGUUGGCCUAGUUGGUGAUCUCUUUGAGAAGGUGCCCGAGUUGACUGAGAAGGUCAAGAACGCUUGA